CCAUGGGAUUUCAAAAUUCUAUGUUUGUGGGAUUUCAAGUCCUCAAAAUCCUUCAAACCAAAACAUGGGAUUGGAAUGGAAUUCAAUUCCAAAUCCAAUCAAGUCCUGCAAACCAAAUGGGAUCUUAGGAUAUUAUGCUGCUAGAGUGAACGAGGCUACCCCUGUCCAUGGAAGUAGAUUGUGUUUUUGUCUAGUUGUUUGUAACAAGAUGACACUAAGUUUAUCAAACCCGACCAAUCCAACUGAACCCAACCCACAUAGUUUGGGUUGUGUUGGUUUAUACUUUUUAUAUGCUUUGAAUGGGGUGAAAUUUUACUAACCGUAGUCAUUGAGUUGGGUUGGUUGUUCAUAUGCCUCUAAACCAGCAAACCCAACCAAUGUGUCCCCAAACGACAAUCAUCUCAAUCUUCACGAGUGCAUAAUCAAAUGACUUGAUGGGUUACUUUUAAAAGUGGGAGGACUAGUCUUGUAAAAGUAGUUUUUGCUGUUUAAGUUUUAUCUAACAUAGUUUCUAUUACCCUUGUGAACUAUAAAGACAUUCUCUCUGGAGACAUUAGGGUUCAGGCAUAGGCGGUGGAGAUGCUGGAGUUCCACAAAUGUAGUAGCAGCUCAGUGGAAUGGAAUCCGUCCCCAAUAGUUGCUCUAGCCACCAGCAUCGACGAAUCUCAAGUUGCCGCCGCUAGGGAAGAUGGCUCUCUAGAGAUUUGGCUUGUAUCUCCUGGUGCUGUUGGUUGGCAUUGCCAACUGACGAUACAGGGUGACCCUAAUUUGAGAGUUUCUUCACUGGUAUGGUGUAGUUCGGGUUCCAGUGGCUUAGCGGCCGGUAGAUUGUUUUCAUCAAGCAUUGAUGGAUCAGUCUCGGAGUGGGACUUAUUCAACUUGACACAGAAGGUUGUGCUUGAUCCUAUUGGUGUAUCCAUCUGGCAGAUGGCUACUCAUCAUUGGUGUAAGCUGCAGGUCAAUACAAAACAGGAUUUGGCUUAUGUAGAAAAUGGACAUGUCAGUGAUAGAACUAUUUGUGAUGGUGAUGCCACCAGUGACAGUGAGAUCGAAGUCGACUCACUCGAGUUAUAUGAGGAUCCAUUUACUGACAACACAAGUUUAGCAAUUGCUUGCGAUGACGGCUAUGUGCGAAUAUAUAAUAUCUCAGACUCCGAUGAGUUCACUUACCAUAAAUCUUUGCCAAGGGUCAGUGGGCGUGUGUUAAGUGUCACCUGGAGUCCAGAUGGAAAAUUGAUAUAUUCAGGGAGUAGUGAUGGGAUCAUAAGAUGCUGGGAUGCUAAAUCGUUGCAUGAAGUACACAGGAUCACUGUUGGUCUUGGAGGUUUAGGUGGUGUGUCUGAACUUUGUGUAUGGUCUUUACUUGCACUGAGGUGCGGGACCCUUGUGAGUGCAGAUAGUAGUGGCAGUGUUCAGUUUUGGGACAGUUUACAUGGAACUCUCUUGCAAGCACAUUCCUGUCAUAAGGGUGAUGUUAAUGCUUUGGCAGCUAGUCCUAGCCAUACAAGGGUGUUUUCUGCUGGAUCAGAUGGGCAGGUUAUACUAUAUAAGCUCUCUGGGAAUGCCGUUGGUUCUGCUGGUGAUAAAUCUUCUUCUACACAGACUAAAAAGUGGGUCUAUGUUGGUUAUGUUAGAGCCCAUACACAUGAUGUGCGAGCCUUGGUUGUUGCUGUACCCAUAAGUCAUGAAGAUCUAUUACCUGAAGAUAAGAUAAAAAGAGCCCGGGGUAGUAGGGUUAAACCUCUUGACUUCAGUUACAAUAAGUGGGCUCACACGGGCAUUCCCAUGCUUAUAUCAGCUGGAGAUGACACUAAGCUUUUUGCAUAUUCAGUUAACGACUUCACACAAUUCGCUCCACAUGAUAUCUGCCCAGCACCACAGAGACCACCCAUUCAAUUGGUGUGCAGUACAGUUGACAGGUUGACUUAUCUGCUUCUGGUCCAGGCCUCACACUGGUUAGAUAUUUUUACAGUCCAUGUGAAUAGAGAAGAUGUUUCUAACAUAGUUUCCGGACCAUCUGGUGGCCUAUCAACUACUGAUAUGGUGGCUCGAGUCAAGAGCAAGGGAUUGCGGAAGAUCAUUUGCAGCUCUAUCUCCCCUUCAGGGAGAUAUUUUUCCUAUUCAGAUCAUUUGAAGCCUUGCCUUUUUGAGUUGAAAAGGAACGGAACUGGGAAAAGUGUGUGGUCCAUAAGUAAGAGAAAACUUCCUUCAUGUUUACCUUUUGCCCAUUCCAUGAUUUUUAGCUCAGAUUCUUCACGGUUAAUGAUAUCGGGGCAUGACAGAAUGAUAUAUGUUGUAGAUGUUGAAAGUUUGAAGUUAACUCACAGAUUCACACCUUGUCAUACGGAGUCCGAUGAAGAAUUACCGCCUACUCAGCCUCCAAUAACAAAGAUGUUUACUAGUCUUGAUGGACAGUGGCUCGCUGCUGUCAACUGCUUUGGAGAUGUGUAUAUAUUCAAUCUAGAGACGCAAAGGCAACACUGGUUUAUUUCAAGAUUGGAUGGUGCCUCAGUUACCGCUGGAGGUUUUACUCCUCGAAAUAGCAAUGUGCUAAUAAUAUCCACAUCUUCCAAUCAAGUGUAUGCUUUUGACGUGGAUGCGAAGAAAUUAGGAGAAUGGUCUAGACACAACACAUUAAUGUUGCCGAGAAGAUAUCAAGAGUUUCCUGGAGAGGUUAUUGGGCUCACAUUUCCGCCGUCUUUGAGUUCAUCAAGUGUCAUCAUUUACAGUGCCAGGGCAAUGUGCUUCAUUGACUUUGGGAUGCCAAUUGGUGGAGAUGAAGAUCAUGAGAAAGUAAAGGGUCAGGAUUCAACAUUAAAGAAGUUAUACAAGGGGAAACUAAAACGAAAGUUGAUAGAGGUGCAUGAGUUAGAAAGUAGAAAGAAGAAUUUUGAAAUUCGUGGUUUCAGAGAACCAGUGUUGUAUGUUGGGCAUCUUUCAAAAGGCUCUGUUUUAGUGAUAGAUAAACCAUGGUUGCAAGUGGUUAAGACUUUUGACGCUCAGCCUGUUCACAGACAUAUAUACGGGACAUAAACCCAGUCUUGACCCGACAAGAGGUUAGGUUAGAUUCAGUUUUGGUGUCUUCAUUCUCUCUUAUCAACUUUGGGGUGGGGAUGAUAUUAUGUUUUGUAAUGUAGUAAAAUUCUUUUUUCAUGUACAUUGGUUUCUCUGAAACUCGAUUAAUCUGUUUUGUCUUUGAUUAUUGAA